AUGGCAAUGAUGGUGUUGGUUACAAAUGUGGAGAAGUCUAUGAGGUGCACAAUACACUGGAAUGGUGAUUUUGGGUAUGAAGUUAAGGGGGCUACCGGGAUUAAACACAUUGUCAAGUUGACUGAGGGAGCGUGUAGUUGCAGAGCUUGGCAACUAAAAGGGAUACCUUGUGCACAUGGUGUCGCUGCAAUUCAUCACAAGAGACUUAAUCCACUUGGCUUCAUUUCUGAGUGGUACAAGAAGGAGACCUACCUAAAAGCUUAUUCUCAUUUCAUACAGCCAGUACCAUGCAUAGAGAUGUGGCAUGAGUCAACAAAUGCAAAGGUUGAACCACCUCCUCUGAUUGGGACUGUUUUUAUAUAUGCAAAAGGAGUGGCUCAAUCACAAAAAUCAACCUCUAAAAAGAGAUCAAAGGCUGACUCCCAAGCAUCUACUAGUAAGAGGAAUGCUAAAGCUAAGGGUGGUAAAGGAAGAAGCAAUAGCAACUUGGUGCAGAAGUUACAAAACUCAGAUAACAAUCUCAAGUUUUAG